GUGACGUCACUUUACGUCGGAACCAACCAACAGCCUGUGGUGGCAACUGGCAACUUCUGCCGUGUUCUCAAAGCAACUCAAUUUCAAAGAUAUGCUAAUAGUUUACAGCAGACUAGACGAGACAGGAUUCUGAGGGGAACUUAUGUUGUUGGCGGUGACACUCCGGAUGGGAGCAACCCGACAUUAAAGAGAAAAUAAGAAGCAACAGGAGGUUGAGCUGGGCGGACAUGGCGGACGGCAGCAGGUUCACGGCUAUUAAAUAAACGCCAGGCAAAGCCGAAAGCGAGAGGUUGCUGCUGAGGGACUUUAAUUUAUUUUAAUGUUGCACGGAUAGCCGGGGCUCCCCAGGACUGUCAGCCCUCCACUGAAGCCUGCAUGGCGUCCUCUCAAGCCCGGCUAGGCCAGCAGGCCUUAGCGGUGCUUGAUGUGGCUCUGCGAGUUCCCUGUAUCUUUAUUAUCGACGCCAUUUUUAACUCUUACUACGACCCUGGUUCGGGAUGGGUCGGGGUGAUGGGGAAGGUGUUCGUCAGAGUCAUGGGUGUCCUCAUCUCCAGCAUGGUGCUGCUGCUCUCCCAGAAAGCCUUGUUCAAGUUCUACACCCUCUUCUUCGCCGUCCUCCUCGGCAUGGCGGCGGUCCUCAUCAACUACUACGCCACCUCGCACAUAGACUUCUACAGCGCGUACUACAAAGCUGCACUGGGGUUCAGGCUGUUGCCCAGAAACGGGCCGACGCUGUGGCUGGGCAUGGCCGCCGUCCAGCUCGUAUUCGGCGUGGGCUACGUGUUCCUGCUCAACCUCCAGUCGGUGUUUGCCGCGCUGGUGGUCCUGGACAUCAUGAUCCCUCUGUGGGGGCUGAUGAUUGAGCUGCCCACCGACGUCCGGCAGCUGCUGGCUGUGUUCUCGGGCCUGGCGCUGGCUCUCAACACGGCCGUGUGUCUGGCCAUGCGGCUCAAAUGGUUCUACUACUCGUGCCGGUACGUCUACCUGCUCGUGCGGCACAUGUACCGGAUCUACGGGCUCCAGCUGCUGCUCGAGGACACGUGGAAGAGGAUCCGAUUCCCUGACGUGCUGCGGGUGUUCUGGCUGACCCGGGUCACCGCCCAGGCGCUGAUCCUGGUCUACGUGGUGCGGGCGGUGAGGAGGGAGAGCGGAGACGCCACGGGUGGCGUCGCAGACGGGAUCUCCGACUCGCAGGGUUACCUGCUGAGCUGGGACGUGUUCUGGGAUCUGACCAGUAACCUGAUCAUCUCUGGCUGUGACUCUACGCUCACCGUGCUGGGGAUGAGUGCUGUUAUCUCCUCCGUCGCACACUACCUAGGCCUCAGCAUCCUGGCCUUCAUAGGUUCGACCGAGGAGGAGGAUAAGCGUUUAGGCUUCGUGGCUCCUGUUCUGUUCUUCAUCCUGGCUCUGCAGACCGGCCUCAGCAGCCUGAACCCCGAGGAACGCCUGGUCCGCCUGAGCCGGAACAUGUGCCUUCUGCUGACGGCCAUCCUGCACUUCAUCCACGGCAUGACGGACCCUGUCCUGAUGUCCCUGAGCGCCUCCCACGUCUCCUCCUUUCGCCGCCAUUUCCCGGUCCUGCUGGUGUCCCUGGCGCUCUUCGUGCUGCCCGUGGCGCUCAGCUACGCCCUCUGGCACUCCUAUGACCUCAACACCUGGCUAUUCGCCGUCACCGCCUUCUGCGUGGAGCUCUGCCUCAAGGUGGUGGUGUCCCUGACGGUCUACGGCCUCUUCAUGGCGGACGGCCUCUCCAACGUCCUGUGGGAGAAGCUGGACGACUACGUCUACUACGUGCGCUCCACGGGCAACGUCAUCGAGUUCCUGUUCGGCGUCAUCAUGUUCGGUAACGGCGCCUACACCAUGAUGUUCGAGACGGGCAGCAAGAUCCGCGCCUGCAUGAUGUGCCUGCACGCCUACUUCAACAUCUACCUGCAGGCGCGCAACGGCUGGAAGACCUUCAUCAACCGCCGCACGGCCGUCAAGAAGAUCAACUCCCUGCCGGAGGUCCGCGGCGACCAGCUGAGCGACAUCGAGGACGUGUGCGCCAUCUGCUACCAGGAGUUCGCCACCUCGGCGCGCAUCACGCCCUGCCACCACUACUUUCACGCGCUGUGCCUGAGGAAGUGGCUCUACAUCCAGGACACGUGUCCCAUGUGCCACCAGAGGGUUUACAUCGAGGACGAGAGCCGAGACCGAGCCGCCUUCUCCAACAACAACGGGGACGACGCGGACGCGCGCAGGACGUCGCUCGCCCCGCCGGCGCCCGCCGAGACAACGCACGCGGGCCGGCGCCGCCGAGCCGCGAACGGAGGGCGGCCGCGGCGUCAGGCCGGCAGGACGGGCGCGGAGCUCGACAACGAGCUGCUGGAGGACAACGACAGCAUAGAGUACGACGAAGACGAGUGGGGGACUCAGAAUGGCUGCACGCCAAUAGAAGAAGACUAUAUCAACGAUGACACAGACUCCACCGAGGACUGAAAGAUCUAUAGAAAGAAAUAUACAUAUAUCUUUAUUAUAUUUAAGUUAAAAAGAAUUCUAAAACACAAACAGCAUCUUAAUUUGUUCUUGAAAAAAAAAUGUCAGGGAUUGUCAUUCUCUUUUUUUUUUUCUUGUUAGUUUCUUUUUGAUUGAUUUUUGAGUUUGGGGUUUUUACUCUAAAAGGGCUUGUGGAAAGAGUAACUGCUGCUCUGUGUGUGUGUGUGUGUGUGUGUGUGUGUGUGUGUGUGUUGUUGUGUGUGUGUGCGUGCGAGUGUGUGUGUGAGUGUGUUUGUGCGCUGGGGCUGCACGAUGUAGACCAAAAACUCCUACUGUUGUUAUUUUAUCCCAGAAUUAUUGGAGCUCCUGAUAACAAAUGUUGCGAUGUGGCCACAGCUGUCUCUACACUGUUUAUUUCCCAACGCCUCAAAGCUGACACUCAUCAGUAAGUUAUUUUAUCCGAUUUUUCUGCGACAUAUAUUCUGCACAGCACAAGUCUCCCUUGUUGAGCGAGCGCGCUGUUGAAAGUUCUUCUUCCAAAGAAAAGAAAAAAGAUCAUGACUUGGUUUAGAUUUUGUCACUUAUGCAGCCUGUGUGCGUGCUUGUUUAACUAUAUUUGUGGGGUCCAAAAACCGGGAGUCCAGUAUACCUGUGGGUUCCCAACAGCUUUGUGAGGCCAAAAUGCUGGACCCCACGAGUUUAAAGGGCUGUUUGAGGGUUAAGACUUGGUUUUAGGAUUAGGGUUAGAAUUAGGUUAUGGUUAGGGUGAGGGUAAGGGUUAAGGUUAGGCAUUUAGUUGUGAUGGUUAAGGUUAGGGUAAGGGGCUAGGGAAUGCAUUUUGUCAAUGGCAGGUCCCCACAAUGAUAGUGCCACAAACCAGUGUGUUUGCAUGUGAGGCUUGUUUAACUAUAUUUCGGGGGUCCAAUAACCGGGAGUCCAGUAUACUUGUGGGGUCCCGACAGCUUUGUGGGGCCAA